AUGGGUUUUAUUUAUGAUUCAAUGAGAGAAUAUCAAAUUGCACUUUCUUACUAUCAAGAAGCUUUAAUUAUUCAACAAAAAACACUUCCUAAUAUACAUUCUGAUCUAGAAAUAACUUAUAAAAAUAUUAGUGGAAUACAUAGUUCAUUAAAAGAUGAUUCUAUUGCACGUUCAUUCUAUCAAAAAGCAUUACAAAUUGAAACCAUAACUCUAACACCUAAUCAUUCUCAAUUAAGUAAUAUAUAUAAUAAUAUUGGUACAAUUUGUCAAUCGAUGAAUAAUUGUACAACGGCAUUGUCAUAUUAUUUUAAAGCACUUAAAAUUCAACAGAAAACUUCCAACAAAUCAUCCUAG